AUGUGUUUCAGAGGUAAGACUUGCGAAUUUUUUAAAAUUUUUGUUGUGGAGAAAGGAGGUCCAAAUUUAGUAGGCAGAGAUUUCAUGGAAAAAUUUAACAUAAAAUUAACCAAUAUUAAUAUGUUAGAUGAUACCGAAAUUAAUUUGAAACAAUUAAAAAAUAAAUAUUCAAAAUUGUUUAAUGAUGACAUGGGUAAAUUUGUGUAUGAAAAAUUUAAGAUUAGGUUGAAGGAUGAUGCUACGCCAAUAUUUUUCAAACCAAGACAGAUUCCGUUUGCGUUUAAGGACAAGGUAGAAGAACAGUUAUGCAGAUUAGAGAAAUUAGGUGUAAUUUCCCAGGUUGAGUCGAGCGAAUGGGGAAGUCCGUUAGUUCCAAUAUUAAAAAGUGAUGGAAAAAUUAGAUUAUGUGUGGAUUACAAAGUCACGGUUAAUAAGUUUGUACAGGACGUUAAAUAUCCGUUACCUAGAAUUGAAGAAAUUUUUCAAAAAGUUAGUAAAGGAAAAAAAUUUAGUAAAAUUGAUCUUAGUGAAGCGUAUAACCAAUUAGAGUUAGACGAAGAGUCUUCGAAAAUUUUAACUUGGAGCACUCACAAAGGGCUUUUCAAAAUACAUAGGUUGCCAUAUGGUGUCGCGCCGGCAAGCGCAAUAUUUCAAAAAUUAAUAGAGCAACUUUUCCAAGGUCAUGAAGGUGUAGCUAAUUUUUUGGAUGAUAUUAUAAUUACCGGGCAAAACAAUAGGGAGCAUUUAAAAAAUUUAGAUAAAGUAUUUAACAUUUUGUAUGAAUCUGGUUUUAAAGUUAAAUUAUCGAAAUGUGAAUUUUUCAAAAGUGAAAUUGAGUAUUUGGGUCAUAUUAUUUCAGCGGAAGGCUCACGCAAAUGUGAAAAUAAAAUUAGAGCGAUUGUAGACGCGCCAGCACCUUGUAAUAUAACUCAAGUAUAA